AUGACUACUAAACCCUAUAAAACUCACAAGAAUGGAGGAAAGAGUCAAGAUUUAGGGCAAACUAAGGUAGGUGGUACUGAUGAUAUGGUAAAGUCUAAGACUUGUUUCGUGUGUGAUGGGAAAGACGAUUGGGUGUUGGUGUGUUACGGAGAGCCCAUAGCUAUUCACCAAAGCUGUGCAUCUGAUGAACCUGAUUCCGAUGAAUUCGGCAACAUUUAUUGUCCUUAUUGUUGGUAUAAGAGAGUGGUUUCCAAGUGUGUUGAGCUACAGAAAAACCUUAUGGUGAGUGGCAAGUCUAUAAAGAGAUGUAGAGAGACUUUAGGAGGAGUUGGUUUGAGGCUGAUGAUGGAUAUUGAAACUGAAUAUGUGGAGAAUGUUGUGGAGGUUAAUGUCUCAGAAGGUAGAACAUUAGCAAGUGGAGAUCAUAGUGAGAAUAUAUGGGAAGGUGAUGGAUUGAAAAAUAAAAAGAAUCAGAAGUUGAAUGAAGUUGCGGCGACUCAUUCUCGGAAAUUUUUUAAGGCUGUUGAUAAUGGUUUGGGUAAGGGAAGAAAGCAGCUAGGAAGAUUUAAUGAGAAGAAUCAUGAAACUUAUGUUGCUUUCGUUUUUAAUAUGGGUGAGGACCAUGAAGGAAGCAAUUUUGACGUAGGUAGGGAAAGAAAACCACAGACAAGAUGCAACAAUAUAAACCAUAACACAGCACAAGCUCACAGUUUUGUUGUGGUUGUCAAAACAAGAGAGAAGAGGAGAUACAGUGAGAAAAAUCAGCAAAACAGAACAGUUUCAGGAACUAAUGAGCAGGACGUCUCUAUUAAUGAUGAAGGAAAACAAGUGCGAGAUUCUGAUUUCAGUGACGGAAGAAGUGGGCAAGGAUAUUUCCAUGAGAUUAACCAGCAAAAGAAAGUGUCAUCUACUGAAAGAUUUGAGCAGAGUCCUAGGACCGAUAAAAGGGUGUCAUACGGUUCUGGAUUAGGGGAGCGGAGAUAUCGGUAUAAAAGAUAUAUUGAAAAGAACCUGCUUCUGAAAACUAUUGAAACUGAAGAUCUUGCAAAGGAAAUUUUCAAGAAUCGGAAGAGAAAGCGGGAACGAGAAGUGGAGAGAGAUGGAGAUGAUUUCUUAGUUAUCCUUUCGGGAAAAAGGGUUGGAAGGAAGCUCAUUGGGAAGCAGCCUUACGUGUGGUUCGCUAUCUCAAGAAUAAUUUUGGUCAAGGGGGUUCUCCUGUUUCUUGGCGGACACGAAAAUAAGAGGUUGUCUCUCGCUCCUCGGCUGAAGCCGAAUAUCGGGCAAUGGCUGAAACGGUUUGUGAACUACUUUGGUUGCUUUCUUAAGGACAAGUGGAAGAUGAUGAACAAAAUACCUUGUGACACGGGGAAUUGGGUAAGACUCGCAAAUGAAAGACAACCAAAUUACUAUGUGUCCGAAGUUAGUUCUCAAUGA